AUGUCAACCGGACAUCAGCUCACUUGCGCUCCUGGCGAGCCUGUAUCUAAGCAUGUCAAUAGAAAAAUCGAUAUCGCUCUCCUCCCCUUCCUGUCACUGUUGUAUCUCUUGAACGGCCUCGAUCGAUCUAACGUGGGGAAUGCGGAGACUCAGGGCUUUACGACAGACAUCGGUGCUACCCCGGAUGAUCUCAAUCUUGCAGUCUCGCUUUUCUUCAUCACCUUUGUCUUGCUACAGCCUCCCUCGGCUGCGAUUGGAUGGGGGGUCUUUACAGUAGCACAUGCCUUCAUUCGUGGCCCGAGAGCGCUUCUUGCUGUUCGGCUUAUGAUUGGAGCCUUCGAAAGCGGUUUUUACCCUACCGCUAUCGCAUACCUCUCAAGCUUCUACUGCCGGUACGACCUCGCAGUCCGUAUUGGUCUAUUCUAUGGGCAAUAUGCAAUAGCUGGCGCCUUCUCGGGAUCAAUUGGAUCAGCGUGGUUUCUUACUGAUGAGGAGCAAAUAUUCGUCACGCAACGGAUCAUCAAGGACAAUGCCCCAUUCGUCGAUCAUGAAUACGGUAAUGAUGGUAUACAGAAGAAACGCCUUACAAGACGGGACAUUGUAGAGACAGCAAAGGACUGGAAACUCUGGUUCAUCCUGGUGUUCAAUAUUUGUGCAAGCGUGCCGAGUCAAGCAUUCUCCGUCUUCAUGCCUAUGGUUGUUCAAGGCUUGGGAUACUCAUCAAUCGGGGCAAAUCUGAUGUCCGUACCUCCUUUUGUGUGCGGUGCUAUAGGCCUAUAUUUGUUUGCCCUCAGCUCAGAUCAUAAAAAAGAGCGAGGCUAUCAUAUUAUCACGGGAAUAUGCAUCGCGCUAGUGGGUCUUAUCGUAACUGUAACUACGCAGUCCCACAGCGCCCAGUAUAUAGGCCUUUGCAUCCUACUGUUUGGCAGCUACAUCUCAGCCCCUCUUACGGUGGCCUGGCUGAGUGGGAAUAAUCCUGAGCCAGGUAAAUGCUCCCUUGUCCUAGGGGUAAACGGGUUCGGCAACCUUGCAGGUGUAAUUGGCAGUCAGCUGUACAAGAAAAAACAUGCGCCUAGAUACCUCACGCCUUUUUACGCUACAUUGGGGUUCGUAGCAACGGCGCUUGCGGGCUACAUAGCCUACAGGUAUAUCCUCAAGGGAAUCAAUGCGAAAAGGCUGGCGAUGACGAAUUCGAUGAGCGCAGAAGAUGUGGAAGCAGAGCGCCUAGAUCGGACUAGAUAUGCGGACGCAAAGUGGACAUUCUUGUAUGGGCUGUGA